AUGGUUUAUUCGGAUGUAGAUGGUACAUCAAUGGAUCAAAAGAGCGAUAAAAAGCGUGGAAAGAAUAAGUUGAAAUCUAAGAAAGCAGAAGCUGAGGAGCAUGAGGAACAGCUCAAGAGGCUAAAAGAAACACAAGCUGAGUUUUAUGAGUAUAUGAAAGAGCGUGAUGAAGGGCUUCUAAAGUUUGAUGCUGCCGAAUUUGAGGAUGAUGCUGAUGAUGCUGAAGCUGGUGCCGAGACUGACUUGGAAGACACCGAGAAGCAAGCUGUUGAGGAAACACCGAAGCUUGAAAUCGCAAAGAAAGCAAACGAGCAGAAAACGAUUACAUUAGACAUGUUCAAGUCAUGGCGUAAAUCAAUCCGAGAAGACGCGAAGCUAGGUGCGGUGCGUUCUAUGUUGAGGGCUUAUAGAACCGCCUGCCACUAUGGUGAUGACUCAGGGGACGAUCCCUCUGCAAAGCUCAGCGUUAUGUCGAGCGCUGUGUUCAAUAAGGUAAUGGUGUUCGUCCUGACUGAGAUGGACGAGAUCCUUCGUAAGCUGUUACGGCUUCCUGAAACCGGAGGAAUGAAAGAUACGAUAGUGGAGGUUACAAACACAAGGCCAUGGAAGAACUAUAACCACUUGGUCAAGUCGUAUCUAGGGAACUCUCUUCAUGUUCUGAACCAGAUGACCGAGGCAGGAAUGAUAUCUUUCACUCUCCGUCGCCUUAAGCACUCAUCGGUGUUUCUCACCGCUUUUCCAAGCCUCUUAAGGAAAUACAUAAAGGUCGCACUUCAUUUCUGGGGAACCGGGAGUGCCCCCAUCGCUGUUGUUUCGCUCUUGUUCCUGAGAGAUUUGUGCAUACGACUUGGAAACGACUGUGUUGAUGACUGUUUCAAGGGAAUGUACAAAGCCUAUGUGUUGAAUUGCCAGUUUGUGAACGUUGUGAAGCUGCAGCAUAUUUCGUUUCUUGGCAACGGUUUCAUUGAGCUUCUCGGCACAGACAUAUCUGCUGCGUAUCAGCAUGCGUUUGUCUUCAUAAGGCAACUAGCUAUGAUCCUGCGCGAAGCGCUAAACACAAGAACAAAGGAAGCAUUUAGGAAAGUGUAUCAGUGGAAGUUCAUCCAUUGCCUUGAGCUUUGGACAGGAGCUAUUUGUGCCUACAGCUCUCAGUCUGAACUCAGACCAGUUGCUUAUCCACUAGCCCAGAUAAUAUCUGGUGUUGCAAGACUUGUUCCCACUGCUCGCUAUGUUCCUCUUAGAAUAAGAUGUGUUAGUAUGUUAAACCGCAUCGCUGCUUCUACGGGGACUUUCAUACCUGUCUCAAUGCUUCUUAUGGACAUGUUAGACAUGAAAGAGCUCAAUAGACCUCCCACUGGUGGUGUAGGCAAAGGAGUCGAUCUACGCACACUGCUCAAGGUAAGUAAACCGGCGGUGAAGACGAGAGCGUUUCAGGAGGCGUGCGUUUAUUCUGUAGUGGAGGAGCUUGUGGAGCAUUUGUCUCAGUGGAGUUACUCUGCGGCGUUCUUUGAACUGUCGUUUAUCCCGACCAUAAGGCUGCGUAGCUUUUACAAGUCCACUAAAGCUGAGAGGUUUAGGAAAGAAAUGAAGCAACUCAUUAGCCAGAUUGAAGCUAACACAGAGUUUGUCAACAAAAAGAGAGCUUCGAGUGGUUUUCAACCCAAUGAGCCUGCUGCUGCAUCAUUCCUUGAGAGUGAUAAGGAGGCAGGGACAAGCCCUCUAUCGCAAUAUGCAAAGAUUAUCCGCCAAAGAGCUAAGCAAAGAAACGAAUCGUUGGUGCAAUCAGAUGUCACUGUGGGAGAGAGCUCAGCUGUUUAUGGGAAAAGCGCAUCAAUGAGUGACGAGGAAGAAGAUGAGGCAGAUACGAACGAAAAGGGUGCUGCAGCUUUCAGUUCUUCAUGGUUACCUGGAAGUGACUCCAAAGGAAAAGAGGUGGAAGAAGAGAAGAAGAAAAAGAAGAGGAAGAGGAAGAGUAGUGUAUCAUCAGAGAAGAAGCAAGAUGAGGAAGGUGCAGGGGAAGAUGACGUUGUGGAGGAUUUUGUGUUGAGCUCUGAUGAAGAAGAAGAGGAUGAUUUGUUUGAUAUAGGAGGAGACAAAGAUGAGGAGGACGAUGCAGCAGAUGAAAUUACAGAACCUGAGACGAAGACAUCUACUAAGAAGACUAAGGGUACUUAUAAGACAUGGCAUAAGGCUUACAAGAAGACAAAGAAGAAGAAGCCCCGAGUCGCUUAA